CAUGACUCUUGGUGGCAACGCCAGCGCAGGAGUUCCUUUGCCUGAUUCCAAUAACUCCGCCUCUGUGAAAACAGUGUCAGACACAAGGACUGUGGACAUGUGUGUGACUAAUUCAAGAGCCGGAUACAGGGGUUGGAUGUAAGUGGUGGUAUGUGUUCUUACUGUGUUUCCUGUUUUUCACACUACUCUGAAAAGUUGGUUGUUUAACUUGCUCACGGACAACUCUUCAAACAUGGACUUUGUCUUGGUUUUCUCACUGACACUUGCCUUCCUUUCCACUGGACAGAGUUACACAGAGCCGACGGAACAAACCAGUAAUUCAUGUUAUGCAAUGUGUCCAGCUGGAUAUCAUAAGGUCGGUGACUGUGUGGAUCGAGCAGGACAGUACAUAUGUAAAAAAUGUGGAAACGACAAAUACACCGAAGUACCAAACUUAAUACCGAAAUGCCAGAGGUGUGACUCGUGUAGUCAUAUUGAGAAGGAAAUAAAACCCUGCACCUUUAAUAGUAAUGUGGUAUGUGACUGUAAGGAUGGAUACUACAACUCAAACCCUAAUCCCCAUAUAAGGAAUUGCCAAACAUGCAAUCUACAAGAUGUGGAGUGUCUGUUAAUAAUGAGGACUACAAAAGGAAGUGCAAGCCCUGCCAAAAACAAAAACUAAGACAUGUUUAGAUUUUUUUGUAAGAGAGUGGGAAGCCACACAGAACUGUAAGGGAAAAAUCAAUCUGCGUACUGUAGUGAUAGCUCCCACUAAGUCUUAGGAGCUAGAGAAGGUUUUCAUUUGGCACCUUGCAAUUACAGUAUGUUUUUGCCAUUAUGUUCUUUUUAGGGGUGUCUGAUUCAUUAUUAUCCCUAUUUCUUGAUCGUUCUAUUUGUCUUAGUUGCUAUAUUUGCCUUUUACAAUAUGUUUUUUCAUAUAUAUAUAUAUAUUUUGUUUCUCUUUCUGUUGGAGAAGCUCAUCCAGCAUCUGAUUUGCUUGGUGUGGUAACCUUUAUUUUAGACUACAACAUCCUUUUAGUCUGAUUGUGUCAGGUCCUUCAGACAGUGGUAAAACACAUUUUGUGAAACUGUUGAUUGAAAAUGCUGAUGAGCUAAUUUCAAAAACAGAUUGAAAACACUGUAUAUAAUUUUUAUUUUUUCUGUGUUGGCAGCCAUUGUUAUUAAAAUUAGAAAUUUUGUUGACGGUAUACCAUUAUCUUUAUGCAUUGAUACGAUACUACCUGUAGAUACAAUUUGCUUAUUAUUGAUGAUUUAAUGAAUGAUGCUAGUAAUAACAAUGAGGUCCAAAGUGUGUUUACAAAAUAUGGGCACCAUAGAAAUUUCAGAAUUUGUAUCUCAAGGCAAAAUUAGCCAUACUAUUAAUUUGAAUACCGUUUAUCUUGUUUUGUUUAAAAAUCCUAGAGAUAAAUACCAGGUCUUGCUUAUGGUUAGAAAAAUGUUUCCUGGGAAGAGCCAUUUUUUUAUGGAUUGUUUCGAUGAUGUUACGAGUGUUCCUUAUGGUUAUUUGAUGAUUGAUUUGAAAGCUAAGAAAACUGAUGAUUUCAGACUCAGAACUGACUUGUUUUCAGACAUGUCUGUUGUGUAUGUGCAUAAGAGAAAGUAAAUAAACACGCCUGAUGGCAUUAAUGUC